AUGGACCCUUCUGUCAUCGAAAACUUUUGUAGUAUUACUGGGACGUCUGAAAUGGAAGCUAAACAUUUUUUAGAAGCUUUCGAUUGGAAUUGCGAUGAGGCAGUCAAAGCGUAUUUCGAUUCUGAGGAUGGUGUUCAUUCAAGCGAUGUUUCUCAUUUCGACCAAGGUACUGAACCACUGAGUAAAAGCAACAAGGAGCCUUCCGUCUCCACAUUUAAUAAACCACCUCACAGCAAGCCUAAAAUAGCAACUCUGAGUACUCUGGAAAAUGAUAGUGAUGAUGAAUCAGAUAAGGGACAGGCAUUUUAUGUUGGCGGUUCGGAGACUGGGGGUGGUGGCCAACAAGUCCUUGGUCCUCCAAGACGUGAUGGUAAUAAGAGAACUCAUGACCCUUCCCAAACUCCCGACGUUUUCAUCCGUAAUCUUUUUCAAGCUGCUAGAGGUAAAGGAGCAGAAGUGUUGGAUACACACCAAUACAAUGAAUACAAAAGUAAAUCAAAAAAGCAAUCGCCUUUUAGUGGAAUCGGCUACAAGCUUGGUGAUGAUCUUAGUGCUCCCCUCCAGGUCGAGGCAAAUACUGCGAGCGGUUCCAGUACAAACGAUGUCUCUGAAAAAAACGUUGUUGUAAAAAUGUGGCGUGACGGUUUUAGUUUAGACAGUGGGCCGUUACGUUCAUAUACUGAUCCAGAUGCUUCUGAAUUUUUGAAUGCAAUACAGAAUGGUCAAAUCCCUGAAGAACUUUUAAAAUCUGCUGGUGGAAGUAUGGUUAAUGUUAUGCUCGAAGAUCAUCACCAUGAAGGGUGGCAGGCUCCUUCUGCUCCUAAGAUCAUACCUUUUUCUGGCGUAGGACAAAUGCUUGGUUCUCCGCUUCCUCACUUAGUCUCAAGCGUUCCAACUAAAGUCAAUAUCAGUGAAAACCAUGAACCUGGUGUUACAGUAGACGAUACCAAACCGGUAACACAAAUUCAGAUCCGAUUACCUGAUGGAUCGAGAUUUGUGAUCCGUCUAAACAAUUUUCACACAAUUGGUGAUAUCAGAAGAGCAAUCAUCAGUGAAAGACCAGAUUUGGCUUCCAGAUUAUUUGCAUUGAUGACAUCCUAUCCGACCCGUGAGUUAAAUGAAGAUACACAAACACUAGAAGAUGGUGAUCUUCUGAAUUCAUCACUAUUAGUUCGAUUUAUAUGA